ACUGUCGGAAACAAGGCGGGGAUGAGGGCACCCUGCUGCCGUUUUCCGCUGAUGUGUGCAUCGGUGGUGGAGAUGAAGCGUAUAUAUUCAGAGAGGUGAUGGUCAGAGUGGAGGGACGAGGCUCUUGGAACCACAUUGUCUUAAGACAGCCACUCAAAGCAUCAUGGAAGCAGCCAUCCACACUAUCACCGCUCAGUUCAAGUCGUUCGCCGGGGACGACGGAUCCUCCAGCACCCUCAGCAAAAAGGAAUUCAAAAGUCUGGUGAUUUCUCAGCUACCAAACCUGGUCAAGAACGCCAGCGAGCCCGGGGCCAUCGAACGGCUCAUGGGCUCGGAGGACACGGACAAUGAUGGCGAGCUGACCUUCGCCGAGUUCUGGACGCUGAUUGGGAAGCUGGCGAGCGAGGAGGCCGGCUUCACUCAGUAGCCAUCUCCUGUCGCUCUGAGCAGAUUGUGCAACGAGCAGAUCGACUCGGCUCGGGCUCUCCAGCUGUAAACUCAGCAGCAUUCGAAUUCUUCUAUCGCUCCACCAGUGCCACAUCUGUAACUCUUUAGUUAACCAUUUGUUGAAUGCGGGGAACUUUGAAUUAAAGGCUUCAUUGUCUUGAACCCUCCACCAAUCAA